AUGAUUUCAACAGCUUAUGCCCAAAGUAACACAAAUACGACAAUUGCGACAAAUAAGACGAUUGCAACGAAUACGACAAUCCCAACAUCCAACAACGGAACUAUACAAGGAACGAUAAUACCUGCAAAUAUCACCUCACCAUCAAAUAGCACAACUAAUUCGACCAUAGCACCGCCACCUCAACUCAGCAAUGACGGCACUUUGCCACUGCAUACAAUCAUCGAUCCAGCUUUUAGCAUCACUGGUGCACUUUUGAUCCUCAGUGGUCUUCCGAUGGCAUUCAUAGGUCAUCGUUGUACGUGGUAUACAGCAUUCAUUUCCGGCUUUUAUUCUUCUGCAAUCGUCGUUCUUUCGCUCAUCUUACGAUUCGGUCAAGCUCGUGCGGUUAGCGAUCCAUCAAAUACAGUAAAAGGUCUCUUUCUGUUAGCUUGCAUUUUUGCCGGCAUCAUUGGAGGUAUUUGUUUCAUCAUCUUUCGACAAGGUGCUUUGUUGAUAACAUGUGCUUUGGGUGGAUUUGCCUUUGCUCUGUUCUUGCAAGCUUGUAGACCAAAUGGAUUGAUCGAAGUGAUUGGAUUUCGAUAUAUCUUCUUUAUUGCUCUCAUUUCGCUCAGUUUUGCACUUGCUUGUUACUCGCGUUUGACAAGAUUUAUGAUCAUCUUUUCUACUGCAAUUAUUGGUGCUUCUGCAGCAAUUUUGGGUAUAGACUGUUUCAUUCGUGCAAAUCUCAAAGAA